UCCGGCGCCGUCCCUCCUCCCCGGCCGGGCGCCGCGGCCCCGGCAUGAGGAGCGGGCGAUGAUCCCCGCCAACGCCUCCGCCAGGAAGGGGCCCGAGGGCAAAUACCCGCUGCACUACCUCGUGUGGUACAACCGCCACCGCGAGCUGGAGAAGGAGGUCCGCGCCGGCCAGGUGGACAUCGAGCAGCUGGAUCCCCGCGGCCGGACUCCCCUGCACCUGGCCACCACGCUGGGGCACCUUGAGUGUGCCCGUGUGCUCCUGGCGCACGGCGCAGACGUGGGCAGGGAGAAUCGCAGCGGCUGGACAGGUGUGCAGCCCUGCUCACCCCAGCCCCACAGCCAGGGCCUCCCCAUCAUCAUAGACCUAUGGUUGGCUGAAGGAUCCUGCCCUGUGACCUUGCCUCCCCCUCCCCCAGUGCUCCAGGAGGCUGUGAGUACGCGGGAUCUGGAGCUGGUGCAGCUGGUGCUGCGGUACCGGGACUACCAGCGGGUGGUGAAGCGGCUGGCGGGCAUCCCCGUGCUCCUGGAGAAGCUGCGCAAGGCCCAGGACUUCUACGUGGAGAUGAAAUGGGAGUUCACUAGCUGGGUGCCCCUGGUGUCCAAGAUCUGCCCUAGUGACACCUACAAAGUGUGGAAGAGCGGCCAGAACCUGAGGGUAGACACCACGCUCCUGGGCUUUGACCACAUGACCUGGCAGCGAGGGAACCGCAGCUUUGUCUUCAGGGGCCAAGACACAAGCGCUGUGGUCAUGGAAAUUGACCACGACCGCCGGGUGGUGUACACAGAGACUCUGGCAUUGGCUGGGCAGGACCGGGAGCUGCUACUGGCUGCUGCUCAGCCCACUGAGGAACAGGUGCUGAGCCGGCUCACCGCGCCUGUCGUCACCACGCAGCUUGACACCAAGAAUAUCUCCUUUGAGAGGAACAAGACUGGCAUUCUGGGCUGGCGCAGUGAAAAGACGGAGAUGGUGAAUGGGUAUGAAGCUAAGGUGUAUGGAGCAUCCAACGUGGAGCUCAUCACCCGGACACGGACAGAGCAUCUUUCAGAACAGCACAAGGGCAAGGUCAAAGGCUGUAAGACGCCUUUGCAGUCCUUCCUGGGAAUCGCUGAGCAGCACGGGGGCCCCCAAAAUGGGACCCUGAUUACUCAGACUCUGAGCCAAGCCAACCCCACUGCCAUCACUGCAGAAGAAUACUUCAACCCCAACUUUGAGCUGGGCAACCGUGAUAUGGGCCGCCCCAUGGAACUGACCACCAAGACACAGAAGUUCAAGGCCAAGCUGUGGCUGUGUGAGGAGCAUCCCCUGUCCCUGUGUGAGCAGGUGGCCCCCAUCAUUGAUCUCAUGGCCGUCAGCAAUGCGCUUUUUGCCAAGCUCCGGGACUUCAUCACCCUGCGCCUGCCUCCUGGCUUCCCGGUCAAGAUUGAAAUCCCCAUCUUCCACAUCCUCAACGCACGCAUCACUUUCGGGAACCUCAACGGCUGUGACGAGCCGGUGCCAUCGGUGCGAGGCAGCCCCAGCAGCGAGACGCCUUCCCCAGGCAGCGACUCCUCCAGCGUCAGCAGCUCCAGCUCCACGACCUCCUGCCGCGGCUGCGAGAUCUCCCCGGCGUUGUUCGAGGCCCCGCGCGGCUACAGCGUGAUGGGCGGCCAGCGGGAGGCGGCGACCCGGGACGACGAUGACGACCUGCUGCAAUUCGCCAUCCAGCAGAGCCUGCUUGAGGCGGGCAGUGAGUAUGACCAGGUGCGUCUCCGCAGGCGCGCGGGUCCACGGGACUGCGGCGCCGCCACGGCCAACGCCCAUGCCUUCCCGCAGGUCACCAUCUGGGAGGCGCUAACCAACAGCAAGCCUGGCACCCACCCCAUGUCCUACGAGGGUCGCCGACAGGACAGGAGCGCCCCGCCCACGCCGCAGCGCCAGCCUGCGCCCCCGGCGUCAGUGCCCAGCCCUCGGCCCAGCUCAGGGCCAGGUUCCAGCGGCCACGUGUUCCGGAGCUACGACGAGCAGCUGCGGCUGGCGAUGGAGCUGUCGGCGCAGGAGCAGGAGGAGCGGCGGCGGCGCGCGCGCCAGGAGGAGGAGGAGCUGGAGCGCAUCCUUAGGCUCUCACUGACCGAGCAGUAGCGCCCCCUGCCGGGACCCUCGCCUGCGCCAUGCGCGCCACGCCCAGGGCCAGGAGCCAGACAAGCCUAGGCCUGCGCGCCUGCAGAGCGGCGGCUGGAGACUGGAGCCACUGCCUCGCCGGUGCAGCAGCGCAGCAGGCACGAUUCGGGGAGGGAUUCGGCAUGGCCGCGGGGUACCUUCCCAGGCCAGGGCCCUGGAGGCAGCUGGCACGGCCUGGUUCCCCUGCUUUGCUGUAUGCUGAUUCCCCAACCCGCUCCCCUGGGCUCAGAUCUGUCCUGGGGCGGAGCCAGGCGGUCCUGAGGGCGAGAUGAAUCCUUAGAGGAGCGCUGUCCCCAUCCCUUGCUCCUUGUGGCCGGUCCGCAUUUCUGUUCACUAAUCCCACUCCAGGACACUGCCCCUGAAGCCUUUGCAUCUCUGCUCUUCACUCCUGGGGGGCAGCUGAGCUCCUCGCGUGCUGUGUCGCUGCUUUGUCCCAGACACAAACCAGCACGUCUAGGGCCCAGCCCCUCCCCAACCCCGGCAUUUCAGCGUCAAGUGCACUUACCGGGGUACCCGGCUCCCUCAGCCCCCACACCCGUCCUGGGUCUCAGGGUGGUUCCAGCUUCUCCUUGGGCAGCCAGAAGUUGGAGUCCCAUCCCCCAAGGCACAUUUUUUUUUUUUUUUUUUUUGGGUGAUCAGGGAGUGUGUCCAAGGUAGCCCCCUGGCCUGGGCAAGCCCUGACUCCCUCAUGGUGCCUCAGAGAGUGGGGAGCAUAUUGGGCUGGGUAAGCACUAGACCCGAGUAGAUUGGACACAAAGGGCUCGCCCAGGGCCCUGGCACCACCCCCACCCCUUCCCACCAGCUGCUGCUAGCCUCUGUGGUUGUACAUCCCACUUGCCCCCACACGGAGACUGACUCUAAAACCCUUCAUCCAAUGGUGCUAACACCCGGCUCUCCCCUGCCCCACCUCACCCACCCAGAGAAGCACAGACCCCGCUAGGGGCAGGGGCCCACCGCACACCCUUGUCCCGGGCCUGUCUGGGACUGGCCUUCCCGGCUCAGCCCCUGAGGCUCAGAGGGGACACAAAAAGGGAUGGAAGAAAAGAACAAAGAGAAACUGUUCCUCCCACCCCCUUCCCUGAUGCCAGGGGCACCAGACUGAUUCUGAGGCACAAAUAAAAGAGGCUUCAAACCGGA